AUGACUGCCGCCUUGAAUCGAUUUAUCUCCCGGUCAGCUGAUAGGUGCAGACCCUUUUUCCUUUUACUACAUAAAUGGAAAGGAUUUGAGUGGACCGAGGAAUGUGCUGUAGCAUUUCAGCAGUUGAAAGAGUACCUAUCUCGGCUGCCUAUCAUGUCCAGUCCUGAGGUGGACGAGGUCCUGUUCGCUUACCUGGCAGUUGCCUCUCAUGCAGUUAGUUUUGUCUUAAUACGAGAGGACAGUGGCGUUCAAAGACCAGUUUACUACGUAAGUAAGUCACUUCAUGAAGCCGAAGUGCGAUACUUAUCGCUAGAAAAGGCCAUCUUGGCAGUGGUCCAUGCAACACAUAAACUCCCACAUUAUUUCCAGGCACACACCGUAGUAGUUCUAACUCAGCUACUGCUCAAAUCCGUACUUAGAAGUGCAGAUUAUGCGGGAAGGAUUGCUAAGUGGGGCACGAUCCUAGGGGCUUUCGACAUCAAGUACAUGCCUCGCACCUCCGUGAAAGGCCAGGUCCUUCCCAAUUUAGUAGCCGAGUUCACUGAACUCCCAAAAGAAGCUGAAAUGAAGCAAUGUGACAUGGAUGAAAAGUCGAUUGGCUUGAUCUCCACACAAGACGCCUUAUCCUGGAAAGUAUAUAUGGACGGAGCGGCAAACCAACGGGGAGCAGGAGUGGGGCUAGUUCUGGUAUCCCCCGAAAAGAUCAUCAUUGAGAAGUCCUUGAGGCUAGGAUUCUCAGUUACGAACAAUGAAGCAGAAUAUAAAGCUUUGCUGGUGGGAAUGAAUAUGGUCCAGAAAAUGGGUGGAAAGGCAGUGGGAGUAUUCUUGGAUUCAAGAUUGAUAGUCGGCCAAGUGAAAGGGGAACUGGAAGCUCGAGAUGUAAGAAUGCAGGAAUAUUUGAGUCAAGUUAGACGUGUACAAACGAAAUUUGAAUCUUUUGACUUGAUACAUAUUCCUAGAGGUGAAAAUACCCAUGCAGAUUCCUUGGCAACCCUUGCCACCUCCUCAGUACGGAAUUUGCCCCGGGUGAUAAUCGUUGAGGAUUUGUGCACCCCCACCCCAAUGAGGAAGGACGUGCUCCAGGUUCAUCAAGUCAACCUAGCGCCGAGCUGGAUGGAUCCCAUACUGAAGUUCCUCGAAAGCGACACAUUGCCUGAGGAGAAAAUGGAAGCCGAGAAAAUAUGGAGGAAAGCCCCUCGGUUUUGGUUAUCCGAGGACAAAAAGUUGUAUAAACGCUCUUUUUCUGGGCUAUGUCUGCUUUGUAUACAUCUCGAGAUGUCAUAG